GGGGUGGGGGGGAGGAAGUCGGAAUGAAAAUCAGAAAUUUCUUGCCAAAUAAUCUUUCUCUCUACUCGAUAGUCUUUAUUCCUUUAACUGAGCUCAUAAAGGAACUCAAACAAGGCGGCGGCUGAUUUAUAGUGAAAUGGAUGAUAAAUUUGCUCAAGAGCUGUAUUCAGAAAGUUUGCACCUAUCCAAUUUACAAUUAGACCGUUCUUCGAGUACCAAUGGUUUCAAUAAGGCGGACAUCCAGGAUGAAGAUGGAUCUUUAUGGGGUGGUUCUGAUGAGGAAUUAGAUAAAACAUCUGAUUUAGACCGUGAAUGGAAGAGAAGGCAUGACCAAUUCCACACGAUUGGUUAUCGUGAUGGGCUGAUAGCAGGGAAAGAAGCUUCCGCACAAGAAGGUUUUAAUAUUGGCUUUAAGCAAUCAAUUCCCAUAGGGUACAACUGGGGCAUAGCAAGAGGUGUUACCAGCGCAUUGGCUUGUCUUCCGGAUGAGUUGAGGGAGAGAUUGAUUGAAACACAAGAGAAUAGAGAUAAAUUCCAGGAGUUAUAUGAAUCUGUGAAUUUGCUUUCAGCUACAGAUGCACUUAAGUUGUUCCAUGAUGAUAUUUUGACAAAGAAAGCUGUGGAACAGAGCGGGUCUACUGAGGCUAGUGUUAGUGUAGGUGGUGCACAAGAACAUAUCUCAAAUUCUUCUAGUUUGGGAACUUAUAGUACAAAGCUCCAAUCACUGCUUCUUGAAUCUCCUGAAAUCAAAGUACAAUUCUUCCAUCAAGGGGCUUCAACUCCUGAUCGUUGUUGAAACUGAGUGUGAAUUCUUGUUUUCAUCCAUGAAGCUCAGAACUAGAAUAAGCGUUUGAAUAUUUGGUUAAAAAGUGCUUAGCUCUUGUUUGUAUGUGAACAUGAAUACGAGGUUGACUAUUUAUGGCACAUGUAGUUUCUAAUAGACCUGUACAAAUAUAAAAGUUUUCUUUUAUGUAAUGACCAAAAGACCCAAAAUAUCUAAUGAACAAUCGUUUUCCGAA